CGUCGCCUUUUAAUUUCACGCAAACACCCCGGGCUGGGGCCGGUCGAAACGUCGCCGCGCACGGAAUCCGUGGCCUUGGUCCGCACGAUAGGCUAGCUAGCUAGCCAUGGUUCGUUCCGUCCGCGGCCGGCACGUCGGCGACGCCAAACCGUACGUUUUCCAGAAAGCCCCCUCCGGUUCUCCGUUUCCUCGAACUAGGUCGGUUUGCGCCCAGCGACGGCAAACCUUGUUAGUAUUAGUUAGCCCAAUAUCGACUAAUAAUCAACCAAGGCCCCCAGGAAAGAAAAAAAAACAGAGAAAUUAGAGGGUGAGAACAAAGAGGGAGGGCACGCGAAAUCGGCCGGAGCCCAACCCUUCCUCCAUCUCCAUCCCUUGUGCUGGUGCCGCCCCCGAUCGAUCGAAUCCAUCCAUCACCCCGGCCGGGUAUCCAUCGAGCGCCAUGGCCGACGGCGAGGCCGCCACCGCCCUGCAGUCCCCGUCCCCGCCGCGCUUCACGGCGCUGGAGCUGGCCGUGGCGGAGCACCUCAUCCACCUCAGCGAGAGCAGCUGCUCCUCCGGCGCCGCCGCCCCCACCCCGCGCGGCGCCGGCCUGCUGCUCGUCCCGGCCUCCGCCGCCUCCGCCGCGUCGUCCUCCACCUCCCCGCGCUCCGUGAACAACGCGCCCCCGCCCGCGGUGGCGGAGGGCGACGAGGACGAGCAGGAGGUGGGCGGGAGGCGCCGCAGGAACAGGCGCUACCGCCCGAUCGCGGAGAUCUACGCGGCCACGGACCCCAAGCCGAUCGGGACGCGCCGCAGGAAGCAGGCCGACGACAGGCCCAGGACGGACGCCGCCGCCGCCGCCAAGGCCAAGAAGCUAGGGGGCGACCGCGUAGGGAGAGAAGCUGGACGGACUUGUUUGUAAUUAUGGAUAAUUACUAGGGACUAGCUAGCUAGCUUGAUGGUGUGUAUACAUAGGUGUGUGCUACUGCUUGAUAGAUGUAGGGCUGUAGGCUAUGGUGUGUAUGAUCAGGAGCUUGGGGUGUACAGCUAGCUAGCUACUACUCUACUAGAGGAUCAGAUGCUGGAUUAACUGUAAAUUACAUAUAAUACUGUAUCCGCCAAUAAUAUCUAUCACAGUUUGCUUUACAUGUA